AUGUCACUGCCACAUCCUGACGAGCGGAUUCAAGUCGAUACAAGUGACGACGACUCCCUCUUCGACACCCAAUCCCUCCUAGGAUCCAACCUCUCCUUCGCCUCCUCCGUCCGCGACUACAACUACGAAAAUGGCCGCCGCUACCACGCCUACCGCAACGGCCAAUACCCCUUCCCAAACGACGAAGAAGAACAAGACCGUCUCGCCCUAACCCACCACCUCUUCAAGCUCCUAAUCCGCGGCGACCUCCACCGCGCCCCAAUCCGCACCACCGCCCCCCGCCGCAUCCUCGACAUCGGCACCGGCACCGCAGAAUGGGCCCUCGAAAUGGCCGAACACUACCCGCAAGCCGACAUCCUCGGCACAGACCUCAGUCCCAUUCAGCCCAGCUACGCUCCGCCAAACUGCCGCUUCUUCAUCGAUGACGCGGAGAGUGAUUGGACGUUCGGCCCGCAUGAGAAAUUCGAUUACAUUCACGCUCGCAGUUUGGCGGGUGGCUUGGGCGAUUGGCAUAAGUUGCUUCGACAGGCUUAUCAGCACUUGAAGCCUGGUGCGUGGUUCGAGGCGCAGGAAUUUGAUCUCUGGUUGGUUUCUGAUGAUGGGACGCAUCAUCAGGCGACGGCUAUUUCAGCUUGGCAGGAGCUUUUGGUUAAGGCGAGUGUUAAGUUUGGGAAGCCUAUGGAUGUAGCAUCUAGGAUGGAAGGGUGGAUGGUGAAACAAGGGUUUGUGAAUGUUGUCGAUGAGAGUUACAAGUGUCCUAUCGGGGGAUGGCCCAAGAACCGCCGAUUAAAAGAGAUCGGUCGCGUGGGCAAAGUGACGCUCCUGGAGAUCGUCGAACCGUACACGCUUGCUCUCUUCACUCGCGUCCUCGGCUUCUCAUACCAAGACGCUCAGGAACAUAUGGAUAAAGUGCGUAAGGAGCUGCUGAGCAACUCCUACCACCUCUACACGGUGUUCCACUUCAUCUACGGGCAAAAACCACUCGAAGCCGAAACGACCUGA